CUGAUGGGUUUUGGUUUAUGCUCUAUAUUGCAGAUGUUCGGUGCACGGAAAAAGGACAAGCCGAAAAGGCCCCCUGGACGCGAAGGGGGAACCCGACCUAAUUACGGAUUGUUCGCCGUCCCAGAUCUGGAUGAGUUUGGCAAUGUUAAUGAAAUACCCGAUGAUGAUACUCAACUUGAGAAAGAGUUGCAAAUGCUCAUGAAUGCGGAUAGUCCAGCCAAGAAAGCCAAGCCCCCCAAAAAGGAACAAGUAAGUACGGCUCAACUCCAGUCAAUGGUAGCCGAAUGUAUGCAAGACAUCCCCAGUGACGAAGAGGAACACGUUGACGAUGGUGACGAUGAGUUGUUGAACGAAUUAGCCGAAUUUGAAUCAGACGACAACGACGAUGUGGUCUUUAAAGCUCAGGCUCCAUCAACUCCCCGAGCUCAAUUGCCCCCAGUGAUUGAGCCCAUUGGCAUUGAAUCUGCACGAAAAGCCUGUCCGGAUGGUUCAUGCGCCGGUGAAGAUACGCUAACCGUCAUUGAUGAGCGUAUUCGAAACUAUACGGAGGCUGAACGGAGGGCCAAGGAGGCGGGGGAAGCGGCCAAAUGCCGACGAUUUGCCCGAGGACUUUCCACUCUAACCCAACUGAGAGCCAAAGUGAAGGCGGGCAAACCUGUCAAUGUGGACGACAUCCCGCCUUCGGUCACCAUUCCGGCUCUCAGACCUUCGAAUAAUAACAUGCCAGUCAGCGUGUCGGUACCGGAUCAAAUGGAAGAGAUAGCAGAAGAACCGAUUUGUGCCGCGCCUGUGUUGGAGCCCACACCCACGGCCACACCCACGGCCGCAUUGCAUGUUCCUGUCAUGCGAGGAGAGACCUCCUCCACGCCCGAUAUGAUGCAACCUCAGAAUUCUGACGCACCCGACAUUAGGCAAGCAAUCCGAACUCGACGAGAGGAAGCCAAGAAGUUGGCUUUAGAAGCAAAACACGCCGGUGAUAAGCUGAAUGCGCUUAAUUUUUUGAAAGUGGUGCAGGAAUGCGAUUCCCUCGAUCUGAUUGUAAGUGGCGGUGAUCAAAUAACAGCGGAAUUGAUCCCAGCGCUCCCCGUGCCAUCUACUCCAUUCAAUCCAGAGCCCGUGAAACCCCAACAUAAUGAGACUCAACGUGAGGUAAACCCCGAGGCGAAACCCAUUCCAAUGAGACAAUUCAGUCGGGAUGAUCCCAUUCAGAUGCCGGCGAACCUUGAAGACAUCCCAGUUGAUCCAUCCCAAUUUGGAGCGCCACCCGCUCCUCAAAACGUGGCUGAAGCCUUAGCCCAAAGGCUGGAAAAGUAUCGUCAGGAUGAGAGCAAAGCCAAGGAGGAGGGCAACGAUAGCAAAGCGAGACGAAUAGGCCGAAUUUGCAAGCAAUAUCAGGAUGCGAUUCGCCUUCAUAAAGCCGGCAAGGCCAUCCCCAUCGAAGACCUGCCCACACCUUUAGGAUUUGCCCCCAUUCCUAUGGCUGUCAAGGCGCCACCAAUGCCUUCUCCUAAUCCGAGUGUGCCUCUUAUAGCCGACCCCUCUAGGGUGACGGCUGCUCCAUCAGCCGCCGUCACACCCGGUAAACCCAAUGUUGCUCCAGCCAAAAGAGCCUCAAUGAGCAUGAGGGACAAGCAAAUUCAAAACCUAAAAGAUCGCCAGACUCAGUUCAAGAAAGCCGCCCUCGAGGCCAAGAAAUCCGGGCAAAUUGAACAAGCGCGCGAGUAUCUCCGUCAAGCUAAAGGCUUCGACAAAGUCAUUGAUGCAGCUGAAAGUGGUCUUCCCGUCGAUAUGGACACGUUGCCCAUGGCGCCUCAAGGCGAGAAACCUGUGGAUAUGGACUUCGAGAUCAUUUCCCGGGAAGACUGCCAACCCCAAAAUAUGAGUGGAGACCGUCAGGAGAUGUUUUCUAAACUAGAGCAAGACCUCAUCGCUCAAGUCAAGAUGUGUGAAGCCAAUCGGAAGCACUUCAAACUGACCGGAGACAUUGCUUCCUCUAACAAGUUCCAACAGAUGAUGGAGCACACCAAGAAGGACUUGGACGCCCUUCGUUAUGCAUUUAAAAGAGGCGACCCUGUACCGCGAUUCCACUACGAAGUACGGUCCUUCAGUAAAAUGAUAGCCAAUCUCGAUCUCGCCGAAAACGAACUCGAGUUAAAUGUGAUCCAAGGCCUAAGCUAUUCCGUUCCCAACCCUAAAGAAAUCUAUACCUACUGCAAGAUGGAAUUCCCUUACCCAAAAGAGAGGCCUUUCUCGGACAAGACCGUGGUGGUGAAGGAGACGAAUUGUCCCGAAUACAACUAUCGGACCAUCAUUCCUGUGAAUCCCAAGGACAAAUCUUAUCAGCGACUAUUCAAGCGAUCCAGUGCGAAAGUCGAAGUCUGGUCCAAGGGCGGGUUUCUCCGAAGUGACCAUCUCAUCGGAACGGCCCAAAUCAAGCUACAACCCCUGGAGACCCACUGUGAAAUCCAUGACGGUUUUCCGCUUAUGGAUGGACGGAAAGUGGUGGGCGGAAAAGUUGAGGUGAAGAUCCGGAUUCGUAAUCCCGUGGUGACCAAACAGAUCGAAAAGACCCAAGAGAAAUGGUUGGUGGUGGCAUUUUAAGCCCUGGCUAGUCAGCCACCAUCCAACCAACCACACUCCACCCACGUCCUUGGAUCAAAACCUACGUAUAUCAAUGAAAUGCUUUAUUUAGAUACUGUAUGAAUGAAAAACACAAACCCAUUGAAAUAAUCGAACAAUCAAGAAUGUCUCGGA